CAGGUUGUGCUCGGACCGGGACGGGUUGUGGCGGUGGCGGCGGCGGGGACCGGACCCAGCGCAGCCCGGCGGCCCGCGGGUCGGUGCCUUGGAUGGUGAGCAGGAGGUGGCCCCACGAUGAGUUACUGGAGUCUGGAUAAGAAGAGCUGUCUGCAGUACUGCAGGCACUUCCUAGCGGACAACGGCGUGUUCCACGUUGAAAGAUGCAUGAGUGUCAUGCAGUCUGGGACUCAGAUGGUUAAGCUGAAGAGUGGAACCAAAGGGCUGGUCCGGCUCUUCUACCUGGACGAGCACAGGACCUGCAUCCGAUGGAGACCCUCCAGGAAAAGCGAGAAGGCAAAAAUUGUCAUCGACUCCAUUUACAAAGUCACCGAGGGCCGGCAGUCGGAAAUCUUCCACCGCCACGCCGAGGGCAGCUUUGACCCCAGUUGCUGCUUCACCAUUUACCACGGCAACCACCUGGAGUCCCUGGACCUGAUCACCUCCAACCCCGAGGAGGCUCGCACCUGGAUCACGGGGCUCAAGUAUUUGAUGGCCGGGAUAAGCGACGAGGACUCGCUCGCCAAGCGCCAGAGGACACACGACCACUGGGUCAAGCAGACCUUUGAGGAGGCCGACAAGAACGGGGACGGGCUGCUGAACAUCGAGGAGAUCCACCAGCUGAUGCACAAGCUCAACGUCAACCUGCCCCGCAGGAAGGUCCGGCAGAUGUUCCAGGAAGCAGACACAGAUGAGAACCAAGGAACCCUAAACUUUGAAGAAUUUUCAGUGUUUUACAAGAUGAUGUCCCUACGUCGGGAUCUCUACUUGCUGCUCCUAAGCUACAGUGACAAGAAGGAUCAUCUCACUGCUGAGGAACUGGCUCAGUUUCUGAAGGUGGAACAAAAGAUGAAUAAUGUGACACCAGAAUAUUGUCUGGACAUCAUACAGAAGUUUGAAGUGUCAGAAGAAAACAAGAAGCAAAAUGUUCUUGGGAUUGAAGGUUUCACCAACUUCAUGCGCAGCCCCGCCUGCGACGUGUUCAACCCCCUGCACUGCCAGGUGCACCAGGACAUGGAGCAGCCCCUCUGCAACUACUUCAUCGCCUCAUCCCACAACACCUACCUGAGCGGGGACCAGCUGCUCUCCCAGUCCAGGGUGGACAUGUACGCGCGCGUGCUGCAGGGCGGCUGCCGCUGCGUCGAGGUGGAUUGCUGGGAUGGUCCUGAUGGGGAGCCAGUGGUGCACCAUGGCUACACUCUGACUUCCAAAAUCCUGUUCCGGGACGUGGCCGAAACCAUCAACAAAUACGCCUUUGUCAAGAAUGAGUUUCCAGUGAUCCUGUCCAUUGAAAACCACUGCAGUAUUCAACAGCAAAAGAAGAUCGCUCAGUACUUGAAGGAGAUAUUUGGUGACAAACUGGACUUGUCAUCUGUGAGCACUGGAGACCCCAGACAGCUUCCCAGCCCUCAGAGUCUGAGAGGGAAAAUCCUGGUGAAGGGGAAGAAGUUGCCCUGCAGCCUGGGAGCAGACGCUGAGGAAGGAGAGGUUUCAGAAGAGGACAGUGCUGAUGAAAUCGAGGAUGACUGCAAGUUAAAGGCCUGCUAUAGUAAUGGUGCAACUGAGCACCAGGUGGAAUCUUUCAUAAGGACAAAACUGGAAUCUCUGUUAAAAGAAUCCCAAAUCAGGGACAAGGAAGAUCCCGACAGCUUCACUGUGAGGGCCCUGCUGAAGGCGACGCACCAGAGUCUCAACGUUAACCUGAAGCAGAACCUGGACACAAAAGAGGGUGGAAAAAAGUCUCACGGUCGAUCAUUAAUGGGCAACUUCGGUAAACACAAGAAAGCUGCCAAGGCAGCAGCCAAACACCCCAGUGCAUCAGAUGAGGACGAGAGCCAGCAGAACCCUCCUGGGAGGGAACCAGGGCAUCCCCACAGACUGGCCCGCCGGAGGAAGACGGUGAAGCUGUGCCGGGCUCUGUCCGACCUCGUGGUUUACACCAACUCUGUGGCUGCCCAGGACAUCGUGGAUGAUGGGUCCACAGGGAACGUGCUGUCAUUCAGUGAGACCAGAGCCCACCAGGCCGUGCAGCAGAAGGCUGAGCAGUUCAUGCUUUACAACCAGAAGCAGCUGAGCAGGGUCUAUCCCUCAGCCUACAGGAUCGACUCCAGCAACUUCAACCCCGUCCCUUACUGGAACGUUGGGUGCCAGCUGGUGGCCCUGAACUACCAGUCUGAGGGACGUGUGAUGCAGUUAAAUGAAGCAAAAUUCAGGGUAAAUGGCAACUGUGGUUAUGUCCUCAAACCUCAGCAGAUGUGCAAAGGCACAUUCAACCCCUACUCUGCUGAUCCACUUCCUGCCAGUCCUAAAAAGCAGCUUAUUCUGAAAAUCAUCAGUGGACAGCAGCUCCCCAAGCCUCCUGACUCGAUGUUAGGGGACCGAGGAGAGAUAAUAGAUCCCUUUGUUGAGGUGGAAAUCAUUGGGUUACCUGUUGACUGCUGUAAAGAUCAGACCAGGGUGGUGGACGACAAUGGGUUCAAUCCUGUGUGGGAGGAAACUCUCACCUUUACCAUCCACAUGCCCGAAAUAGCCUUGGUGCGAUUCCUCGUCUGGGACCACGAUCCCAUCGGGAGGGACUUUGUGGGGCAGAGAACUGUGGCCUUCAGCAGCCUCGUGCCUGGCUAUCGCCACGUGUAUUUAGAAGGACUGACAGAAGCAUCCAUAUUUGUUCAUAUAAUCAUUAAUGAGACCUAUGGAAAGUGGAGCCCUUUAAUCCUCAACCCCAGUUACACAAUAUUGCACUUUCUAGGAGCUACCAAGAGCAAGCAGCUGAUAGGGCUGCGGGGGCUGUUCAACAAGAACCCCAAGCAGGGCUGUGCCGAGGCCGGCGGGAACUACGUGCGCAAGAGAUCCCUGGGCGAGCGGCUGCUGCGGCGCACGGCCAGCGCGCCCGCCAAGGGCAGGAAGAAGAGCAAGAUGGGCUUCCUGGAGGCUGCUGAGAUGAAGGACAGUGCAUCUGAACCCACAGACCUGAAGGACAAGGAAGGGGUCGUUCGGCGCCCGAAGCGGAGUCUGCAGGCGCGUCCUGCUUCCAUGCCCGUGGACAAGUACCUGCUGGUGGGACUGCCCUGCCCGCCUGAGGACGCUGCCCAGGAUGCCACGGGGAAGGAAAACACCUCUGCCAACAGUGAUGACAAUACAAAUGAGAAGGAAACAAACUUGAAAGAAUCUGUUUUACCAUGUUCGGAGCAAACGGCAAAAACUUCAAAUUUGGGAUCUCAAUGCAAGAAGGAGAAUGGCCAGAAGGAUUCUACAGCUGACUCUUUGCUACCACCUCCUCAGGAGCAACCUGAACACUUAGUUUUUGCAAGUGGUGUAACUGAAACAAAUCACCUCUUGGACUGUCAGGAAAAUAAUCUUUCUGGUGAAACUGUCCCACCAAUGCAGGACUCUGAGCUUUGCACGGGAAAACCACAAGACAAAAACUGUGUGGACAAUAAAGAGGAAGAUGACACAAAGGGAUCUGACGAGGGGAAAGUCACUCUGGUGGGGGCUUCUUUUUCUCAAAAAGCAGAUACGGAGAAUCACAAAUCCGACCUCAAGAAAAGCACUGCAGCACCUCUUUCUUUGACUGACAUUCCUUCUCCCCCUGGCUCUGACAGCCCUGACUUGCACUCCACGCUGGCCCUGCAGGACAGUGACAUUUCUCGCCUCAUAGAUGAGGUUUCUCUGGCUACUGAGAGCGAGCUGGACAGCGCUGUGUCUGCUCUCAUCGGGCAGGUGGAUGUCACAGGGGACCAAACACACCUCACCGCCGUCUCAAGCCACGGCAGCAGCAGCCAGACCUUCGGUGUGGUGGCUGCACACCCACAGGGCUUUACUGUGGGUCUAAGCAGCCCCUGUAAGCACAACUUCCCUCCCACAAAAUCCACCAAAUCCCCUUUAUUCUCCACUCCGGAUACCACCACGUUCUCCAGCCCAGAGACCGCAGAGUAUUCCAUGUACACAACUAUCCAGGGGGCAACUCCAGCUUCUCAAUGUAAGACCCACAGGCAAUUAGUUUCCAUGAAAAAAUUAAAUAGUCUAGAAAGUAACUUGCCUGGCUCUCCAUGUUCUUCACCUCUUUCUUUGCUAAAUGCAAAUCCCGAAAGAAAUUGUGGAACAAAAUCUGGACUGAGCUGGGAAGGCCCUGAGUCUGCCGGUUCUUUUGCUUCCAAUAACCUCAUCUUCGAGGAGGCGCUGUUUGACCCUGUCCCUGGUGAGAACUCAGACAGCAGCAGCCUCGUGGAAGUCGAUGGGGACUCCCAGGAUCUCCUGGUAACUGCCUGCGAGUACAAGAGGGAGGACAUGAGCCAGCUGGCUUCUCCUUUGAGACUGAGGCAGAAGCAGGACACUGGGCAUGGUGGUGAGAGGACCUCUGGGACCUGCACAACUGUUGGACUCUGUGCUGCUGCCCACGCCUGCUCGGGCACCCUCAGGACUGCAGGGAGCCAGCUCCCUUUUCCCACGUGUGCAAAUGCCGGGGGUUCGUGUGCCCAUCGCUCCCAUGAGCAGCCCAAUGUAACGUGUGAGGGGUCCCAGCUCAGGGCAGCCCCCCCGCUGCUCCCGAGCGCUCUGCCUUUCCCCCCUCACCCGGCCAUCCAGCAGAGCAGCCCCUGCAAGUCCAAGAGUCUGGGAGACCUGACAUCGGAGGACAUCUCCUGCAACUUCGAGAGUAAGUACCAGUACAUCAGCAGGAGCUUCAUCUCCUCGGGCAUGCGGGACAAGAAGCUGGCUGCCAUGAGGGGCCUGCGGCCGCGCUCGGCCGACGCCCUGACGGAGCAGCUGCGCAAGCUGCUGUGCCCGGAGCAGGAGGAGCCCCGGCACUGCCCCGGGCAGCCGGAGCACGACUGCCCCCGGGCCCUGGUCAGGAAACUGUCCUCUCGGAGCCAGAGCCGCGUGCGGAACAUCGCCAGCCGUGCCCGGGGGAGGCAGGAGGCCGGCAGGCACAAACCCCCCGGCACGGGCGCCGUGGCCGGGGUGGUGCUGAGGAACAGGCCCUCGGCGUCCCCACACGUGGCCAACAGGCACUCCACGGGCUCCUACAUCGCCAGGUACCUCGGCAGCUUCCCCGGGGAACCCGUGGAGGGCCGGGGCGUCCCCGAGGGCUCGUGCUCGGCCCUGCACCUCGGCUGCACAGACCGGUUCUACCAGCACGACUCCGUGGAGCCCAGCCCCGAGGACCAGCCCGAGAUCUACUUCCUGCUCAGGCUAAAUGGAGAGCACUGACCCUCUGAAAGGAAGAACCUGAGGCCCAGAGGAGCUGAGUCCGUACUGCCCUGGCAGAAUAGGCAGUGGAAGGGAUAUAAACAAGUCUACCUGCUGCCAAUCCAGCUGCUCCAGUGGGGAUGAUCCUGCCAUGAAGAUGUCCUGGGAUACCUGAAGCCCCUGCUGAUCCUCCUGUACCCCCAGGUGAUGUGCUGUUCCUGGUAGAUGGACUGCAAAAGGAGAGCUCAUCCCCACGGAGGUACAGGAUCAGGGAAGCUGAUGCCAGAACCGCCUGGGAAGGCAGGGAGAGGAUGGCUUGAGUGGCUGCCCGAGCCAGUCCCCUGAGGAGGACAGUGCCAGGCCUGGCACCGAGGCCACAGGGAUGCAGGUGGCCCUUGGAGUGCAUCCCAAGGCUCCCAGAACAACUGCAGAGACAAACCUUAAACCUGCCAUUAAACCAGCAGAGGGGGAAUGGCAGAACCAGGUAAGGUGCACUGUGAAAUGUGAAUGUAACAAUAUAUUAAAAUGAAUAAACCUGAGCAAUGUAGUGUGAAAAUACUCAGCUAUUUGUAUUCUCGUUGAAACACUAUGUAUUUUACUUUUCAGUAACAGUUACCAGUUUAAAAUGUGACAAUACUCAGCUACUUGUAUUCUUGUUGAAACACUAUGUAUUUUAUGUUAAGUUACCAGUUUAAAAGCUAAUUCUAUUAACAGCAGUGAGUUAAAAGUAGCUUGUCUUCCUCCUGUAUUUCUAAAUCCCACCAGUUUUUUCUUUAGUGUUUUGUAGCUGUAAUUUCAGGUUAGUGAACACAAUAGAACAGAACUGUGUAAAAUGAGAUCUGUUUGACAGCAUUUUUGAUGUCUGUGUGUAGCUGAGCUCUGAGUGCAGUUCUGGGUGAACGUAGAAUAAUUUAGAUUUUAACCCCACAAAGCUUGAGUGACAGAGCAAAAUGAAAUUUUAAUAAUGAGCUUUCCAUUGUAAGCACACCUCACUGUCUCCAAGGAGAAAAGGCAGCUUAUAAAAAUGCAUUUUGUAUCCAUUGUCAUUUUUUAUUUACUUCACUUAAACUCCCAGCUGUAAGUGUAUCUGUGGUGUUUGCUGUGCACAGGUCCUCAGGUAACACUUGUCCUUGUAAAAGGAACUUUUUAAUCCAUCUUCAUAGCUAUGUUAAAAGUUUCUAAAGACUUAUCUGCUGGGUUCUGCACCGUUUACUCUGGUAUGUGAGGAGGAGAGUGAAUUUCUGCUGAGGUACAGCAGGAUGCUGAAUGCUGUUUUCAUUGGUAUCCACAGAAAUUACACCGACACUGGUUUAACCUGGGUCUCACAUGACAGACUCCCAUAGUCAGCAGACACAGCAGCAUGAGCAGAGCUCUGACAGAACUGCCCUGUGCACCCAGCAGGAUCCAGCCUUGGGGCUGUAAUUAGACCUUUAGAAAAAUGGCAAGUAAAGAGAAAUGAUUCCCGGAGAAGCAGCUUUACCUUGCACAGUGUCAAAGCCAUAACAGUCUUUAAAUUAAACAGCCCCAGCCCCGCUGUCCCGCCUGGUUGUCCCUGUGCUCCUGGCACUUGGCUGGCUCCUGGGAUGUGCCCUCAUGGUUUACAUUGUCUUCUCCUGAUGGCAGACAGAAGAAUUUACAGGGAUGUUGAUUAGAAGAACCUGGAAGUUCAACUGAGAUUUCUAAUGGCUAAAAUAAGUAUAAAAUGAGUUAUUUUUAAUAUCAACACUGUAAACAUGGUGUACGCUUUUUAUCCACAGUGUUUCACAUGUAAUUAGAGCUUUAGGAAGAGUCACCAAACCAAUUUCCCAGUUUCCACAUGGUUUGUAAUGGGGUGAGUGGUUUUGGAGUCCUGUAUAGGUGGACACCUGCCUACCUGCUGAAUAGCAAACUUUUAAAAUAGCUAAGGAGCUUCAAACUUGUUAGAAACAGGCAAGGGUUAAUUUCUCAUGGGGCCUGGGGAAGUAUUUUUAGCCUUAUUAUGGGGAAGAUCUAUUGGAAUCUAUUGUUAUGAAACAGAAAUAUGUACGUCCUUCGAACAGAAAACCUCAGGCUUUUUUAGGGUUGGGAGGGCUGUUGUACAGCUCAGUGUGCCUGGAAUCAUGGCUCAGGCUCGCUCUGGCCCCCUGACUGUCUUGUACUUGGGGGGGUUGUCUUUUUUAAUUAUAAUUGGAGAUAAUUAUAUUCCCCUUAUGGAUAAUGUGCCUUGAGAACUUCCAGCGACUUUGCCAUUUAAAUCAGAAAUAAUCGUCAGAUGAUCUGAGCUGCUGCAUUUUCACAGACAGCCUUGAGCUUUUGAGCAUGAAGGGUUUUAUACUGAAGAGUUGCAGUUCUCAGAAGACAAAAUCAUUAAUAAUUCAAUCCCCAGUUAAAGCAGAGAACUGACUGUGGGAGGCAUGUCUGGGAGAUCCCAGCAAGAUGAAUGUUUAAGGGAAUGUGAAAAAAACCUUAAUGACCCCUGGUGGGGUUAAACACAGAGAGAAGCUAUUUUUUUGGCUCCUGCUUACACAAUUUGUAUAAGUUUGAGAAUGUGAGGAAGGCACAUCAGUCAGACAUCCUGUCUCCAUCUGUGGGCACUGUCUGUUGUCCUUUAGGAAUGGAAACACAAACAUAUUUGUCUGUAGCGCAGCCGUGAACAUUCCUUGGCCGCUCCAGCAGCCUCAGCAACAGCACUCAAGUGUGACAUUCCCCUUGGGAAUUGUCCCAACACCGAGUUGCUUCACCUGCAAAUGACCUGAGGGCACAGGGGGAUGCUGUUUCAUCAGGUGUCCUGGAAGAGAGGGGACAAACCCUGCAGUCUCUUGGAGAGCUGGAGAUUCCCAAUCCCUGCAGCAAGUGAGGACCUCCAGCAUCACUGUCAGUCACUGCCAGGACCAGUUCCUGGGUUUCUAAGACUGAGCCCACCCUGACUGAUCCCAGCUCUGACUGACACAGGGCCAGCAGAGACUCCAUAGAAACCAUGUCCAUGUUUUCACAUCUCAGCUCAUUUACCAGGCCUGGAGGGAAACGUUCUGAGAGAUCCUGUUGGCCCAAGUGGCUCUUUGGGUGUCUCACAACACUGGAAAUCGAAUGUUUCCAAUUAAAAUGUUACAGAGCUGAAAUAUAAACACUACAAUCUGGUUUAGCUUUACCUGAUUUUUGAGAGCAGAAAGAUCUGAUUUGGCAGAGCAAAACAAAAUAACUUUCUAGGCUGGCUUCAGUAUUGUCAGACUGACUCGCUGUGUACAAAGGGAAAGUUCCUGCCAGUUUUGUAGAAUAAUAAAAAGAGGAUUAUUCCAAGAAA